GAAUCGAGGCAUACAAUCCCGACGUCCAGGCACUUCUGCAUCGGCAUCUUCGAGUCCUCUCGAUGUAGGACUCACUCCUUUGUUUCAUUCAAUUUUAUAUUAUUUUCUUUUAGUGUUCUAGUUUAGUGGUGUGCUUUGAACACGGUUCUUAUUUGCAUAUUCAUUAUUCUUUUAUAUUUAUAAGCCUUAUAUAUCCUUUGUUUUCAGCAUUUGCACUCAAUAAAUGGCUUUCGUCACCCUCGGGUGUCGGCCAGCAUGUGCCUAUCCUGGUAUUCGGGGAAUAUCGGGGUUGGGGCGUGUCAUUGUAAGCCUGCUUUAUAACCCUUCCCUUCUACUCACUUCUCUGCUGCAACUUUUCUCGUUUACAUCUUCGUACUUCCACUCGUCUUGUCGCUCACUUUAUACUCAUUAGUCCUUCCGUGCGGUGUCUGACAACUGCUUACUUAGCGAAACCUGAAUGAACGCCAUUUUGGGCUUUGCUCUAACCAAAGCUAUUGCAUCGUUUGCCCCAAUGAUGGCCUUUUUGAUCUCUUAUCCACCGAAGCAAUCCACAACUUGAACAGUCCAUGAUAAUUAUUUUACCUUUUAAACUCAAGCUCAGAUGACACUUCUCUCGUUGUUUGGCAAAACGAAAACUCAUGAACCAGGAUAAUAAGCUGUAAUUUUAAUCAAAACAGCAUAAUUUUCCCUGUAUAGAUGGGAUAUGGCAAAUGCUGGUUGCAAUUUCUAAUCACAAUCCACAACAUCAAAUACAAUACCCGCUAUCAGAUGUCAAUGCUAUUUGACGGAUCAAUGACAUAAAUGUACUUGUUCCAAAACCCCAAGUAUGAAUCCAUUCUAAUCGGUUAUACAAAAAUAAGAGCAUUCCCGUGUACGUUUUACAUCUUUUUCUGAAAUCUGAACCGCAUUCGCCUUCCAACAGAAGUAUCCAAUCGAGGUCAGUUAUCGAUUGGCAACCGAGGAGAGGCGUACAAAGAAGAAGCAUAUAUAAGACCAAGUCAUCAGAAGCAGUAGACUGGUUGACUUGUGACGAAUGAAAUCUCCUGGAAAUUUCGUUGACAAUGUGUGCGUGAAUUUGAUCCACGGCCUUGGUUGGCUCUGUUGACAUGAAGGAACUUGUUGAUUUUCGCACUUUUUAGGGUCGCCAUGACUGCUACUUCCUGCUUCAAUUUUUACUUCCAACAUAUUGCAUUUCUUGGAACUCAACUGGUUUUCAUGAAACCUUUCUGACACGAUCUUUUUGCUUCUUUCUUCUUCCCUAGUUGUCAAGUCUUUUCCUUUCUUUAUCCAGGCAAAUAAUCUGCCAGGUUAAGAUUUGUGGCACUGGCAAAUGGCAAUGGAGGUUCAAAUGCCGCGGCUACAUCACUGUGACUUGGCAAAAAAUGCUGCAGAAAACUUCCCAAAGAUUAUUAGAGAAGCACUGAACAAGUUCCCCAAGAAAAUGAUUCUUGAUUUAUGGGAGUUCGUCCAGCAGAGGUGGAAUCAGAUACUUUUAGUUGUCUGUGUUAUCGCUCUCUCAACCGAUCCGUUGUUCUUUUACCUCCUCAGUGCUAACACUGAGCAGAAGUACCUUACGCUGGACAGAACAAUGGGGACCAUAACUACGCUUAUGCGGUUCAUCGUCGAUUUCUUUUAUAUAUUUCAUAUCAUUUUUCAAUUCCGUGCAAGCAUUGUUUCUCAUUCUUUUCAAGCCUCUCGACAAGGCGAAUCAGUUACAGAGACUCGAGCAAGAGCCUGGAAAUAUUUGUUGAUGUACUUACUAGUCGACAUGCUUAUAAUUCUUCCACUUCCGCAGGUGCUAGUGUUUGCUGUCAUUCCAAAACUAAAAUAUUCGUCGUUUGAAGCAAGGCUAUGGAACACUAUGUUCGUGUUUCAAUAUCUGCUGAGGUUUUUUCGAAUGGGCUUCUCGUUAAAAGUAGCUCGAAGGGGUUCUAGCAUCCUUGCCGAAUCUGCAUGGACUGAUCUCCUUUUUUUUUAUGUUCUUGGAGCCCUUCGGUACUUUUUUUCUAUACAAAGAAUAGCAAGGUGCUGGCGAGAAGUCUGUGAAUCUCAUGGAGGUUCGCACUGUUAUUUAUAUUGCGAUGACACAUUUGGAGCAAACUCAUCCGUAGACGACUCCUGCUCUACAAACACAAUGGAUUUUGGAAUAUACUCUGAUACCCUUGAAUUUAUAGUUCAGGAUUCAACUCAUCUUGUAGCAAAGAUUUCUUACUGCUUCUGGUUGGGGAUACAAAAUCUAAGCUCCCUCGGCCAAAGCCUCAAACCCACUACCUACUUAAGGGAUGUAUACUUUUCAAUUUAUAUUUCAAUAUCCGGCAUCGUGCUACUUGCAAUUCUUGCUGGAAAUCUGCAGAAACAUUUGCUGUCAAAAGUUGCGAGAUCGGAGGAAAUGAGAUUGAAGAAACCAGAAAUAGAAUUGUGGAUGUAUUUCCAUUCACUUCCUCGGAAUCUAAAGGCACGGGUUUGGCAAUCCAUGAAACACAAACUGAAAGAAUAUAUACGCAUUGACAUGGAGAACUUUCUUUACCUUCUUCCACUGGAACUUUGUAAGGAUAGAAAAUGGCAUCUCUUCUCAGGUCCACUCAGAGAAGUGCCAAUACUUAAAACCACGGACGAACAACUGUUGGAAGCUAUCUGCAAACAUCUCACGCUGGUGCUGUACGCGAAGAACAGCAUCAUUUUUCAUGAGGGAGAGCCACUUGCUGAGAUGCUCUUCGUCACACGCGGUGAGCUAUUGACUUACACCGCCUCUGCUGCUGCUGCUAGGGUAAGAUUUAUUGGCAAAGGUGACUUCUACAGAGACGAGCUUUUCGAUUGGGUGCUGAUCAACUGUGCCAGCUUAUCUAACUUCCCCUCGUCAACUGAAACUGUCGAGGGGCAAACGGAAGUUGAAGUGUCAUUAAUUCACUGUAAUACAUUUAGGGAUGAACAUUUCGGUACACUAAUUUAGUAAAAUACAUUAUAAUACGGCCGUUUGAGUA